UUUGGAAGAUGACUGCCUUCUUUCUACAGCACAGCACAGCACAGCACAUCACGAGGCUUCUUCUUCUCCUCCGUCUCUGUCGAUCCCCACUCUCGACAGCUCCAAUCCAUUCUCAAAUCCACUAUCCAAUCAGCCUCCAAAUCGAUGCUAACCAUGCACCUCAUCGGAUAGCAGCAGCACGCCGGAGGCGGAGGGGAUCGAGGAGGAGGCAGGAGCCGCCGGAUCCAUCGAGCUUCCGCGCGGCGGAUCCAGAUCCACCACCACCCGCGGGAGGGGGAUGAGGAGCCGCGUCCUCGGAGCAGGGCGCCGCCGCCUGGGCCUGGCCCGCAUCUCAGCGCUCGGUUCUACUUCUAUCUAGGGUUUCAACCAACAAAUCGGCCUCCUAAUCCCGGCCAUGGAGUCGCCGCCGCACAAGCUCAAUGUCGGCCGGGACGAGGACCGAAUCAGCGCGCUCACCGACGACCUCCUCGUCGGAAUCCUCGAGCGCCUCGACUUGCGCCAGGCGGUCCGCGCCGGCGCACUCUCGACGCGGUGGCGUGACCUCCCGUAUCGGCUAUCGCGCCUGCACCUCGACGUCGGUCACUUCCAAGGCGCCACGCCGCUCGAGGUCAUGGACGCUUUCACGGGCGCGGCACAGAGGUUGCUCUCUGUGGCGCUUCCUCUGGCCGAGGGCGAGGGCGCCAGUGCUGCCAUCAUUCCCAUCAAAUCCCUCAUCCUCAGCUUUUACCUGUCAUCCCCUCACCUGAGCGCCAUAGGCCGCACCGUCGAGGACGUUGUGAUCUACGGCAAGACCGAAUGCCUUGAGUUCUCCAUAUCCCCGCCGCGAGGGAGCAACGCCAACCUGCUUGCUGAAUUCGGGCAGCAGUUCAUGUCCUUCUCCCAGGCCUACCCGGUCGCCUUCUGGUGGCUCACGAGGCUUACACUCAAGAACCUUGUGUUUGGACAUUCCGACGUCACCGAACUUAUUAAUGCUUGCAGUAAGCUCAAGCACCUCACCCUGAGUUCCUGCAGACUGGUUGAUCAGCGGUCGGCGCUCAGGAUUGAUACCCCAUGCUCGGGGCUUCGGAGGCUCGACUGCAUCCGUUUUCGUUGUGAACGGAUCGAACUCAUCUCCGUCCCCGAGCUCAGGACAGUACUGUGCUGUUCUCGGCGCUACGAGAACCCUCCAGUGCGCUUCGGCGACGUUCCCCAGCUUUGCCAUGUGAACCUCGGCUAUCUUGCCAAGGCGUCGCAAGCGCCAUUCAUGUUGAGUGAGUGCCUUUCAAGGAGUUCCAGAAAUCUGUCGAAACUGAAUCUCAAUUUUUUCAGCCAAACGAUUUGGAUUCAGCCGGAGCAGCCGAAGCGGCUCACUGCUAUAUUCAGAAACCUGACCGACGUGUACCUUUUUGGUAUCUUCCCUGAGUGUGAUCUGAGCUGGACCCUGUUUAUCCUAGAAGCUGCACCUGCCCUACGGAAUUUCAAGUUAUCUCGAACUCGACAUACAUGUGGCAAAAAGCUUUACGAUACUGCCGAAAAGACGAAUGUGGUGUGGGAGCCAUCGAAGGAUCUGAAGCAUCUGAACUUGAAGUUGCUGAUGAUGUUAGGGUUCGAGGAGGAGGUCAAGGUGACAAACUAUAUAAGGCUAGUCAUGGCACAUGUUGUGAGGUUGAAGAGAAUCGAGCUUCAUGGUGAGGACCCAUGCAAGGAGUGCAAUGCCAUUGAUCCGAGGAGAUCCCAGGUGGAUGAAGCUAGCAGGCGUCAGAUUAAGGAGCGACUCACACUUGAAUCUUCCUCCUCUGCGAAGAUAAUAAUUUGUUGAUGGGUAUGGUCAAGAAAUGAUAAUAAUCUCAUAAAAUAAGUGAUCAUGGCUUCUGCUAGAGCGAUGAUGGAUAUUGGUUUAAAAAAUACUUAUUGGUGUCGACUUUACAUUACAGCGUGUGUAGUAUUAUUUGUGCACUACUUUUCAAA